CAUGGCGGGUAUCGACUGGCUUUUUCUGCAAAUUUUGUUUCUGUUUUUGAAAUGCCACGAAAAGAAUGGAUUGCUGGUCGCAAUUAUGGUCUUGUGUUCGUCUACUGUACCCGUCCUUGCCCUAAGCGACACUGUUGCUUUCGUGGAGAUGUCAAAAGAACGAAAAACUCAAUUUCAGAAGCGUCAGUCGAACACGGUCGAAGAUUUUGACAUUUCCAGUUUGACAGCUUACAUCAAAGGCUGGUUUUCGUCUGCUGGAAAAGUUGAGAAGGCAUCGGGUCGACUGCAUAUGAUAUCAGAUGAAUGUGGCGUGGAAGAUGAAAAGGGGUUUGCAAGGCUACCGUUAAAUUGGAUUGGAGUCUACCAUUACUCCUCUCAUACUACUGAUACUAUUAAUAGUAACAGUGAUAGAACUACCGAUUGUCUUGGAGUAAUGGACAGGGUAAAGAAAGCGAUAAUGUUUGGAGCAUCAGCUAUAAUAAUAUUAACGUUAAAUCAACAACUAGUUCGAGAAUUGGAUGUGGGUCAGAUGUUUUCUAUUCCGGUAGUUUUAAUACAAGAUGAAACCAAUAUUACCUCCAUACUUACAUUACUUAUGAGUAAAAUCAAAAUAAAUGCCAAAGUGAUAUUUAAUUCAUCAAAACAGGGCCUUGUUAUUUUUAGUACACUAUCUCAUUUUGGAUCAAUAUUUGAUUUGAAGAAAUUUCCAACCCUAACGAUGUGGGCUACAUGUGGGAGAAGCAGUGGAGAUAUGGGAGUUGUCUGCCUGGGUGCAGAAACAUUACCAAACGGAAAAACAAACCCUGGAACAUUCUGGAAUUGUUUCUACACUUUCCUGUUUCUAAUGAUGAUGAUGAUUGUGUUUAAAAGUUACAGAAUAGAUGGAGAAUGGGGAGAUCCCCAUCUAGAGUCCUCCAUGCGUAAGUUAGCUCAUCAAGCGAUCUCUGUGAUGCAGACGAAGAAAUAUGUGAUAAAAAAUACGGGUCAGACGGAGGAAUCUGAUCUCUGUGCAAUAUGUCUAGAAAUAUUCUACUCCAAACAGAAGUUACGAGUGCUUCCUUGUAAUCAUCAGUAUCAUACCAGAUGUGUUGAUCCGUGGUUAGUCCAUAAUAGAACUUGUCCCUUGUGUAAACUCAAUAUUAUUAACUAA